ACCGCCGGUGACCCGUGAUGAUUACGCUCUUCCGCCAUUUUGCGCACCGACAGGACGAUCGUUUUAUCCGAAUCUUAGACGAUUUUCCUGACAAUUCAACGUUUUAUCGACCCAUCAACCAAAGCAGAACAAAGAAAUGGAAGAGAGAUGCCACCAGCUUUCUGUGGACGAAUUACCAGCUGUACACUCUGGGAACGAGACAGCCAACAGCAGGGAAUUAGACACAGGAAGGCAGCAGGAUAAGGAAGAGGACAUCAUAUGCAAGGAAACGUGCAGGGAAAAAACUGCCCAUUCUUUAGUACUACAGGGUCAAGCAGAGCAGACAAACAGGCUUGCAGUGAAACGUGCUAGCGAUGAACUGUUCUCAUCUACGGAAGGUGCCUAUAAGGCAGCUCCAAAGUCUAAAGUAUCAAAACAUGCAAGAACAGAUGCAGGUAAGAAACCUUACAAAUGUGACCUGUGCGGAUAUUGUGCUACGCAUAUAUGGCAGUUAGAGCGACACAUGGCUAAGCACUCAGAUGCGGGAGAUACGCCAUACAAGUGUGAGGAAUGUGGAUUAAGAACAGCUGAUGAGUCUUACCUUUCCAAACAUAUGAGAACACACACAGACGAGAAACCCUUCCAAUGUGACCAGUGCGACUAUUCUGCUACACAGAAAGAAGAUUUAGACCGUCACUUAGCGCUGAAGCACAACAGAGAAAAACCCUUCAUGUGUGGAGAGUGCGGGCACAUGGCAGUUGGCAAGCCGGAAUUUUACAGACAUAUGAGAACGCAUCCAGGUGUCAAACCGUAUAAGUGUGACCAGUGUGACUAUUCUGCUAUAUAUAAAAGUAUUUUAGACCGCCACAUGGUGAUACAUACUGGAGACAAACCCUACAUGUGUGGGGAGUGUGGAUACAGGACAGCUGACAAGUCUGCCCUAACAAAACACAUGAGAACUCACACAGGGGAGAAACCCUUCAAAUGUGACCAGUGCGACUAUUCUGCUAUUCAGAAAGGCCAGCUAGACCGACACGUAUUAUCAAGGCACACCGGAGAAAAACCCUACAUGUGUGGAGAGUGUGGAUACAGGACUUCAGACAAGUCUUGCCUUUCUAAGCACAUGCGCAAACACACUGGUGAGAAACCCCUCAUGUGUGGAGAGUGCGGGUACAGGGCAGCUGACAAGUCUCAACUUUCCAGACAUAAGAAGACCCAUCCAGGCGCAAAAUGUUAUAACUGUGACCAGUGCGACUAUUCUACUGGACUGAAAGACAAUUUUGAGCGACAUGUGGCUAAACACACCGGUGACAAACCCUACAUGUGUGGGGAAUGUGGAUACAGAACAGCUGACAGGUCUUCUCUAACCAAGCAUAUGAGAACUCACACAGGUGAGAAACCUUAUAAAUGUGACCAGUGUGAUUAUGCAGCUACACAGAAAGGCCAGCUAGACCGACACAUGGCUAAACACACCGGAGAAAAACCUUACACCUGCAGCAAAUGUGACUACAGGACAACUGACAAGUCUUACCUUUCUAGACACAUGAAAACCCACCUAGGUGCGAAAUCUUAUAAAUGUGACCAGUGCGACUAUUCUGGACAUGUAGGUCAUUUCGACCGACACAUGGCUAAACACACCAGAGAAAAACCCUACAUGUGUGGCGAGUGUGGAUACAGGACGGCUACUAGAUCUGACCUAACCAAACAUAUGAGAAAACACACAGGUGAGAAACCUUAUAAAUGUGACCAGUGUGACUAUUCAGCUGCACAGAAAGGUAGUUUAGGCCGACACAUGGCUAAGCACAAUGAGGACAAACCCCACAAUGUUUCCGCAGAGUGUGGUUACAAUACAGAUGAGAAGUCUCACCUUCUAGUACAUAUGACCAAACACACUGAUGAGAAACCCUUCAUUUGUGGAGAGUGCGGGUACAGGGCAGCUGACAAGUCUGAACUUUUCACCCAUAUGACAGAACAUACGGGUGAAAAACCUUAUAAAUGUGACCAGUGUGACUUUUCUGCUGUAGAGAAACACUGUUUAGACCAACAUGCUGCUCAACACACCGAAGACAAACCCUACAUGUGUGGGGAGUGCGGAUACAGGGCAGCUGACAAGUCUGAACUUUCCACACAUAUGAGAGAACAUACAGGUUCGAAACCUAAGUGUGACCAGUGCGACUAUUCUGCUAUAGAGAAACACUGUUUAGACCAACACAUGGCUAAACACACUGGAGACCACUUGAGUGACGAUUGUGGUUACAGUAUGGAUGAGGGGUCUCUCCUUCUGGUGCACAUGAAUGAACACACUGAUGAGAAACCCUUCAUGUGUGGAGAGUGCGGGUACAGCGCAUCUGACAAGUCCGAACUUUCCACACAUAUGAGAGAACAUGCACGUUCAAAACUUUAUAAGUGUGAUCAAUGCAACUUUUCUGCUGUAGAGAAGCACUAUUUAGACCAACACAUGGCUCAACACACCGAAGACAAACCCUACAUGUGUGGAGAGUGUGGGUACAGGGCAGCUAACAUGUCUGAAAUUUCCACACAUUUGAGAGAACAUACAGGUUUGAAACCUUACAAGUGUGACCAAUGUGACUAUUCUGCUGCACAGAAACGUUGUUUAGACCGACACAUGGCUAAACACACUGGAGAAAAACCCUAUAUGUGUAAUGAAUGCGGAUACAGGACGGAUAACAGUUAUAACAUGUCCCGACAUGUGAAAAAGCACACUGGUGAGAAACCCUAUACGUGUGACCAUUGCGGAUUUUCUGCUGCACGUAAAGACAGCCUAGAAGCACACAUGGCCAAACACAAUGAAGACAAACCCUACAUGUGUGGGGAGUGCGGGUUCAGGACCUCUCUCAAGCCUACCCUAAUCGUCCAUAUGAGAAGACAUUACAUAGAAUUAAUCCGUGCAGAAGAGCAACAGGCAGAAAACAAAUCAGAGCUCUCUCCAGAACCCGUCCUUCCAUCCAUCCAGGGAUGAAAAUUCGAUCGUUAGGACGGAAAGAAACAUCUCCCCAUCUGUCUCCAAAACCCUGAACUCAUGACAUGAACCUGUUGAAAAUGUGAUUUUGAUUACAUCGGCUUAGAAUGACAGAUUUGAC